CUUGACCCAAAUGGCUACAUGAAUAGCUCGCUUCGAACUCUCAAAAGAUAACAAGAGGAAAAUCGGACGUACAGAAACCAUUCGACGGUUUAAGAGCCGCCGUCGUCGGCGAAUCCAACGGCCUAAAUUGCUGUUUCCCAUUCCCUUCUCUCUCCCGAACAUCCAAAUCAGCAGAAGAAACGGAAGGGAACUUCUCUGUAAAUGAAUUGAUUGUUCCUGGUGUUAUCUGAAUUGGAAUUUCCCCCCAAUUUCGUCUCCGUCCCAAAAUGUCUGUCACCAUGGAUUCCACGAUAAUCCACCGGAGAAUUCCAAUGUUCAGACACAGCAGCCGCAUCCCAUCACGGAAUUACGCCUUCUGUUGCGGCCGGUGCAAUGCUUUCUACGUCGACCUUCGCGCUCCAAUUUACAGCACGCCCCCGUUGCGGGUGUGGCGGCCUAAUUUCGUUCGAGGGUAUUUUUCGCGGAAUCGCCCCUUGGAUUGGAGAUUCACCGUUUUCGCCAACAGUCCUUGCGAGCAGGAUACCGAUUCGGCGGACAAAGCACAAGCGAGCGGGCCGGAGAGGUCGCGGGAUUCGGGUUCUGGCAGGCGGGAAAAACAGGGGAAGAACAAUUGGUGGAACAACAAAGGUAAUAAUAGAUGGCGGUGGAAGCCGAUGAUACAAGUGCAGGAGAUGGGCGUUUUGCUUGUGCAGUUAGGGAUUGUGAUGGUCGCCAUGAGAUUGCUCCGGCCCGGGAUUUCGCUGCCGAAGGCCCCGACGCCAUCGGUGACCGUUCCUUACAGCGAGUUUCUGAGCAGGGUUAAUAGCAAUCAAGUGGACCAGGCGGAGGUUGAUGGGGUGCAUAUAAUGUUUAAGCUGAAGAGUGAAGCUGGGAGGAUGGAUAGCGAUGGUGGGGAGGUGAAUAAUGAGUUGCAGGACUCAGAGUCUUUGCUGAGGAGUGUAACCCCCACAAAGAGGAUUGUUUUCGCGACUACUAGGCCGGUAGAUAUCAAGACACCCUACGAUAAGAUGUUAGAAAAUGGUGUGGAGUUUGGAUCUCCGGAUAAAAGGUCUGGAGGAUUCCUGAGUUCUGCAAUGAUAUCCAUAUUUUACAUUGCUGUGCUGGCAGGUCUUCUUCAUAGAUUCCCUUUAAGCUUCGCUCAGCACGCUGCAGGGCAACUUAAAAACCGUAAAUAUGGGAUUUCUGGGGGAAUGAAAACUUGUGAGCAAGGGGAAGCGGUUAUGUUUGCUGAUGUUGCUGGUGUUGAUGAGGCCAAGGAGGAGCUAGAAGAAAUUGUGGAAUUUCUUAGGAAUCCAGACAGGUAUAUAAGACUUGGGGCACGGCCUCCCAGAGGUGUUCUUCUGGUUGGUCUCCCAGGAACCGGUAAGACACUUUUAGCAAAAGCGGUUGCUGGGGAAGCUGAUGUUCCUUUCCUUAGUUGUUCAGCAAGUGAGUUCGUUGAACUAUAUGUUGGUAUGGGCGCAUCUCGCGUCAGAGACCUUUUUGCUCGAGCAAAGAAGGAGUCUCCAGCCAUAAUAUUCAUAGAUGAGAUAGAUGCAGUAGCCAAGAGCCGUGAUGGCAAAUUCCGUAUUGUGAGUAAUGAUGAGCGGGAGCAAACCUUAAAUCAGCUUCUGACUGAAAUGGAUGGAUUUGACAGCAACUCAGCUGUGAUUGUCCUUGGAGCAACUAACAGAGCAGAUGUUUUGGAUCCUGCCCUCCGGCGACCUGGGAGAUUUGAUCGAGUGGUUAUGGUGGAAGCACCUGAUCGGACUGGAAGAGAAGCUAUACUAGAAGUUCAUGUCUCUAAGAAAGAUCUUCCCCUUGGCAAGGAUGUAGACCUGGGAGAUAUUGCAUCAAUGACCACUGGUUUUACUGGGGCAGAUCUAGCAAAUUUGGUUAAUGAAGCUGCAUUGUUGGCUGGAAGGAAUAAUAAAGUUAUGGUGGAGAAAAUUGAUUUUAUUCAUGCAGUGGAGCGGUCAAUUGCGGGAAUCGAAAAGAAGACAACCAAGUUGCAAGGCAGUGAGAAAGCUGUUGUUGCACGACAUGAAGCUGGUCAUGCAGUUGUGGGAACUGCUGUUGCUCUGCUUCUUUCUGGACAGCCACGUGUUGAGAAACUGAGCAUAUUGCCAAGAUCCGGAGGUGCACUGGGAUUUACUUACAUACCUCCAACUAAUGAAGAUAGGUAUUUGCUCUUCAUCGAUGAGUUGCGUGGGCGCCUUGUUACCCUUCUUGGCGGACGUGCAGCAGAAGAGUUUAUUUACUCUGGACGUGUAUCAACAGGUGCACUUGAUGAUAUACGAAGAGCAACUGAUAUGGCAUACAAGGCAGUGGCUGAAUAUGGUCUUAAUGAAACCAUUGGCCCUGUCUCAUUAGGAACUCUUUCGAGUGGUGGCAUGGAUGAGUCAGGGGGAACUUCCCUUUUGGGCAGGGAACAGGGGCAUCUUGUUGACCUCGUUCACAGAGAGGUUAAAAUGUUGCUGCAAUCUGCACUAGACGUAGCACUCUCUGUUGUUCGUGCAAAUCCUGUUGUCUUGGAGGGUCUUGGGGCCUACUUGGAAGUGAAGGAGAAAGUAGAAGGCGAUGAACUUGAAGAAUGGUUGAAAUUGGUGGUUGCUCCAUCAGAGCUUACCUUGUUCAUCCAAGGAAAGCAAGAAUCUUCUUGGCAAUGACAACAAGUAUCAUUCAUUUGGCUUCCCGUUCUUUUCGAUGCAAUCAUGCUUGCUUGCUUGCUAUUAUUCUUGAGCGGAAGGAAGAUUAGAACAAAAACACCACUACUUGUGGGUUGGGUGGGUACACGGAUGGAAGUCGUAGCCAUUGAUUGCUUGCUUGCAUUUGUGUACAGUCAGUCAGUCAGUAGUCAGUCUACUAUAGCAUUAUUAAUUUACUAGUGUGAAGCACAUUACUUGUCUAAUACCAAACCCAAGGUUCGCCGUAUUGUUUUUACUCGGAGGGAAGGGAGAUCCUUGUAUUUAUUCCAUGUUUAUAGAUAGAUUGAUAUGUGUGUAUGUAUUCAUUCUUCAACAUUAAUGUAAUUGUAAAGUAGAAUUACUUGGAAA